AAACAAAUGGAAACGAAGUGGUAGUCAUUGCAUGAACCAACCUCUUAUAUUUGAACAGGAAUAUGGCGCGUCAUUUGAAUAAUGAGCACCUUUCAUAAUAUUAUAGUUCUUUGAUCAGUAAUUUAUAAUGCACCAGCAGUCUGUGGAAUCAAGUUCAGAUCCAUGUUAUACAGACUGGAAGAACAAAAUUGUGGAACUGUAUCAAGAUGACUGGUGGAAACAACUGAAGUUCCAUAACAAACAAUCUUAUAAGGAAAGACAUUUAAAGAAUACAACUCCUUGGUAUAUUUUAACACCUCAAGUUGUUCAAUUAAUAUUUUCAAUAUCAGAAAUGCUUCAUCAGCCUCCAGAAGUACGAUAUCUCACUGUUGAAGUCUUAGACAGAUUCCUGACCAAUCAGUAUCUGCAGUUACACACUUACAUAUGGAAUAAGCCUGGUGCAGACAGUGAACAUUUACAACGUCAGUGGGAUCGUAUUAUCAAAAGAGUGAAGCAUCAGUUGAUUCUUCGUGCCAUGUCUUGUAUGCAGCUUGCUUCUAAGCUUGUUAACUCUUCUAAGACUGUGACUCCUGUGGAGAUUAUGAACUUCCUCAAACAAGCUGGUCAUGAUUUCACCAAACAAAGCAUCAUUUCAUCAGAGAGAAGAGUAUUUAAAGCAAUUCAAUUCAAGGUACCACUUUCUCACCCACUGACAUAUGUUGAGUGUCUAAUACAACGGCUGUCAGAUCCACAAGUCAAUGUUGAUUUAGACUCAUUGUAUUCCAUUAGUAUUAAAGUUUUGGAUGUUACUUACAUUCGACAUCAAGAGAUAUACUUGAAACUCUUUCAUAUAAUUACUGGCAGGUGGGAACCAACACCAAGAGAAAGGCACGAGUUCCUGUCUGUGGAGUGUGAUAAUGUGUACCUGGCAUGUGCAGUCAUAGCAUGUGCUGCUGAUCUAUCAGAAGCCAACAGCAAAACUGUUGUUACCAAACUACAUCAAGAAGCAGGCAUCCCUCUGAAGGACCUAGAAAGUUUAACAUCCAUUAUUACUGAACUUAUCCUUACUGAACAGUAAAAUAUCCACAGUUAUCAGAAAAAAAGAAAAAGAAAAUCGUAUUAAAAGAACACUGUUCAAUGUCAACAGGGUUCUUUAUAAAUUCAACAGAGUCAGUGGCAGAGUCAAAAUCUCUACAACUGAUGUAUUGGGCUACCAUCAUAUGUAUCAAGUACACAGUUCCCUACUCUGUCAACUCAAUUCUAUUUUCCCAGAAUUUGUCCCUAGAGAUUUCUUUCUUUUUACAAACAUGAAAGCAAUAAAAGAAGUACAGCUCCAUGGGGAAGGUACACGCUGUGAUGACAGCAUUCAAGACAUGAGAGUUGGUUUUCAUAACAGUGAUGAAUUAGACUGUGGUCUCUUAAAUUAUGACACCAUGUAGUUUGGCAAGUGAUUAUCAGAGUUCAUCAAAAUCUUUGUAACCACUUACCACUUACUGCAUAUGUUGUCAUAACCCAGAAGACCCCAAACCCACUCAUGACAUGCCUACAGGACUGCUUUCAGCAAUUAUACUUAAUGGGGUUUAUUCUCCACCAGUAUGGAUAUACUUGAUGAAAGCAUUCUGCAAAACAAGUCCAAACAGAAACAGACUAAAUGAUGUAUUUCAAAUAACUCCUUGUUUCCUCCAAAACACUAUCAUCACAUUUUUUUAAAAUCAGAACUCCAAUAGUGCUUAUAUUAAAAUAUUUUAAGGUGAAAUGGCGAUAUGCCCAUGGCCAACCCUCAGGCUGGCAAACACUCCUUGUUUGCAUCUCUGACUGCAUAUUUAAUAUUUGUAUAUUUGCAGCUACCCUCCAUCUUUUGAGGGUAAUUAAAAGUACUGCAAAAUGUAGUAGAUAAUAGCUUGGCAGAGGAGAAGGGGAAAUGAGAAAGGAACACAAUUUUGGCAGGGUACAUUUUGGAAGACUGAGAAGAUGAGAGCAUAAUAUUAAAAAUCAAUGAAAGGUAAACAGAUUGGACUGAACUAGCAAAGGAGAGGGUGCAAUGGUAGGAUCUGAUAUUAGCAAUGUUGCCUUUUUGAUUCAAUGAAAGGGAAUUAUGGGAAUGUUGACAAUCCUGGCUUAUAUGAAAGAGAAGGAACUUUUCUAAAAUUUUAUUCAAUUUGUGUGGCUUUGAACACAGUUGGACAUUAAAGUUGACACAAGAGACUAACAAGUAUUUAAUCUAAAUGAGGUAGUUCAGUCCUUUCUGUACUGACGGGUGCUAAUAACAAAGUUCUGGGCAUGAAAUUCAGGGCUAAAUUGUCUACACUGUGGAUACAAAGACCACAAACCUCCACACACCUCUUUUUCUCGCCUAUAGACAAAACUGAAACUGGAAUAAAUAUGGUAAAGUUAAAGACAGAAAAUCUUUGUAAGCAGACACCACUGCAGCAAGACAGAAGUCACAAUGCAGAACAUACCUACAAUGCUUUCUUUAUAAAACAAAAUGAGGAUGCUAUGCAGAUCUAUGCUGCAUUAAUUGAUUCUCUUUUGUAUGAUCACAUCACAGCAAAAUAUAUCAAUCAUUUGUGAAAUAAUUUUAACUGCAGUCAAAUGUGGCCAAGAUGCUCAUUCUUGUUCUUUCCAAUAGUUUCCAGAAAUCAACUGCAGUUUUGAAAUGAGGAUAUGUAAGAGCAGCAACAGUCAUGGAUCCAUUAGCAUUCAUGUGAUCAGUUAAAUCUGAAAACAAAAUAGGACCUGGAUCAAGACUGUCAGUUUCUGGGCUGGAGAUAAAGCUCCAAAAAUGAGUUUAAAUAGCCUCUUGUGUAGUCGCUGGUUUCAGAGUUUUUCAACUGCCAAGAAGACACAUUUCAAUGAUUCAGUGAAAUCCAGUAAACAACGAUAUACCCUGGCGAUGAAACUCCACAUUUGUUACAAAUUGAGAAAAAUAUAUUCAGUUGAAACUGAGAAUCAUUUAAGUAAAAGCUGGACUUUGACCUCUGUCAUGUGAAAUGGAAGUACAAAUGCUGUGGCAGCAUAGUGUAAGGAUUUAAAUUAACUGAACUGCUAAUAGUAAACAGCAAAGGGUUAUAAGUACGAACCUCAUGCGUGUACAUAUUCCAUUUCAAACAGAGUAACUGGUCAAAAAAAAUCCUCUGAUGUUACAGAACCUGUAAAUUUAUCACAUCCACAAUAACCUACCAUGAGAGUAUUCAGUGAAGUUUACAUCCUUAAAUUCUAUUUCUUGCAUUUUCAUUUUCAUAUUAUCCUCCUGUUUAUAUCUGGGUUUCCCAAAAUAGUCUCUUUCCUUCAGGUUCUUCAAUCAAAAUGUUGUAUGCAUUUUUUGGUUUUCCUUGUACGUUACAUUUUCACUCUCAACAACCUUCUAGAUAUAAUCACUGUAACAAUAAUCAGCUUUAUCAGCUGUGCAUCAAACUACCAUGAUGGUGCAUGUGUGGGUCUCUCAGGCCCCAGCACAUCUAGUAUUGCACUUUACAUUAUCAGUACCAUUAGCCACAAGUUUAAAUCUGAUAACCAUCAAAAGUCUCCUAUUGUCAGACAAUAAAGUUAAACAAGGAGUUCAGAUUAAGAUUGUCAUGAUAUAAUUUUCUCAAUUUCCACACAAUUCCUUUCUUUGGUAUGUACAUUCUCAAUGCAAUGUUCUUACCCUAGUACCUUCCCUCAGCCUGUGAAAGAGGGAAACAAAGUUUCACUCCCAUACAAAAAACAGGCAAAGUUACAUUUUUAUACAUUUUAAAUACUCACUUUUAUCAUAUUUUCAAUUUACAUUAUACUGCAGAACUUUACUGUUAUGUCUUUGCCUACAUUCUGUUCAGGUGUCCAGAUGCAGAUCCUUACAAUGAUAAUCAAACUACAGCACAAACUCAAGUUACAAGCACAAUGAAACUUUCAUUUAUUUAUUAUGCUCAUGAAUUUUACAUGAAGGCCUUUCCCGAUUUGCUUCAGGUGUGAACACCAAUGAAUUUAAUAAUCAUUUGCCAAGCAAUAUACAGCAAUAUUAAAUGUCUUGUCAUGCUUAAUGUACUGAAAUGUAGUAUACAAAGAGUAUUUAAAUUAACUGAUCUGAUACCAUCAGAUAUAGUGAAUGUAAACCUACCAUGUGAGAACAAGACAGGGAACACAAAACACAUACACAAUUUUGGUUGAUAAUCUUAAUGGAUGGAACCAAUUUGGAGACUGAACAAUAUGUAUGGAGAUAUUUAUUAUAGGGUUCUUAGGGCAGUAAAUUGUGAAGAUGUGAAUUGGAUUGACGUGGUUCAAGGACUACACUGCAAAUUUCUGUGAUGGUCAUGAAAAACUGCAUUCUAUAACAUGAAUUAUCUUAAUUAUUGACUGCUCACUCAGACUUUGUACCAGGAAGUUUUAAUAAGGUUAUAUUUACAAUUAAUUCUAAAAAAAUAAGCUCUAAUAAUAAUGGAAAGAGACUAAAUGGAACAUUAAGGUGGAUACUAAAAUGGAUCUUAGGAAAACAGGUUGUGAGAGCGUGAAGCGGACUGGCUUUGCUUCUUCAUAUGUUUAUUACAAUCUUGAAGCAAAAUAAUAUAUGAGUGUUUUCAUCCCUUUGGAGUGGGAGGACAACCAGAAGGCAAAGUCCAAGAAUAACAUAAAUGACUCUCAUUAACAAUCACCUGAUCUGUCUCCAAGAGUUUAAUAUCUAUCACUGUAACUGUGUCUAUGAAAGAGAUUAUCAAAUUAGUACUAGAAUCAGUCAGCGGUUUAAGCACCAAUUAAAUAUUCAACUUCAUAGACCUAAUUAUCCAUAAUGGACUACAAGAACUACAUACCAGAGAACUAUCAAAACUAUAUUACAAUACAAAAUACCAUCGAUGUUUAAAUAACUUUAUGUAAGUUUAAAGUACACAAAAUAAAAUGUGAGAUCUCUCAUGACCUUACAACUCAUACUUUUCCAAUGACCAACAUUAAAUGAAUCACCUCAGUAUUCAGUUCAGAUUAUUUGCAAAGCAAAAGGGCCUUUAAAGCAAGGCAUCAUGUUGUUGGCUCAUACAGCCAUAAUUUGAAUCCUGUCUAGAGCUGGAAUGUUUGUAUUUGUUUCCUUGCCAUCAGUUAUUCUGUUACCUCUAUAGCUCAUCCACAGUUUUUGGGUUCCACUUGAGUGAGCCCUUCCUGAUACAUUUAAAACAAGGCGGUGGUGAGCUCUGGACAAUAAUGGGGGGUGGAGGAUUAAUGAAUUGGUGUGCCCCUAUUUCAAAGAAGUGCCUUUUUUCUUUGUAUGAUGGAUGAAUGAUUGGCUGAAUAUUAUUACAAUUUGAAUUUAUUUCACAAGACUCAAAUCUGUAUCCAUACCUGAAACAAUAGUUAAGCAUAUUACAGUUUUCUAUGCAACAGAUACUGCAGUAUGAAGCUUAUCACACACCUCCAUUAAUGCCAAGAGUAAUAAUGUGUGGAGCUUUACCUCAACUCCCCCUUCAUGACACUGUGAUUAGGCACAAGGUCAAUUUUGCCACCUUAUACUCAGAAUACAUUUCCUUAAAAUAAAAGAUUUACCAGCAUACACUUCAACAUAUAUAAUACAACUUCAGCAUUUUAGAAUGUAGAAUAUUUUUGGAUGUCUUGUAGCAAAAUUGGCCUCCUGUAAACUGUUCAACAGAAACAAGUUUGUUUUUUGCACUUUCCACUUAUGAGACACAGAGAA